AUGGUCAAGGGUAUUUUUGUUGAGUUCAAAUCCAUCGCCGGACAAUGGUCAAGAUCGGAUCUCUUCCUCUCUCUCUCAACCUGCUCCGCUGUCGCCCGUUGCUUAGCCACGUCGUCGCUGCUCACAACAUUCCGAUUUCAAGUACUGCCCCAAGCCCUAAACGAUUUCAUUGGUUUUGAAAUGUGUCAAAGAAAUGCAAUCCGUCAAAGGAAUGGAAUCGAGGUAAUCGGAUCAUAUCGAUCGUAUUCCUCAUUCCUCAGAUCACUUAUUACGCCAUUAUCGAUCGGAGCUUUGUUGUUCGCCGCCUGCUCCAUCCCUACCUCUCUUUUGCCUACCUCGAUCCUCCCUAAAUUUGAUGCUAAAUCAGAGGUACUAUCCUUGAUCCUCCCUAAAUCCCUUCCUCGGUUUCUCCUUCUCCACUCUUCUGUGAACUUAGCCGAUGAAGAUAAGGAGACUCAGCUCUCAUUUUGGAGUCCACUGUUGGAUCUGAGCUCUUUCCUGUUAAGGUUCCAAUCCACUCCAGUCCAAUCCAAUCCAAUCCAGGGAAUAUAUGAUGCAAAAUAUGCCCCAUUAUCUACACCACUAUUGUUGUCAUCAUCAUCCCGUACCACAUUAUCAUCUAUUGGUACUGUAUCUGCCCCAACAUUUGCUUCACAUGUUGGUGCCACAUCAUCAACACAUGCAUCAUCCAUACCUACAUCAUCCAACCAGUCAUCCUUACCUACAUCAUCUACCCAAUCAUUUGUAUCUACAUCUAUCCAAUCAUCUACACCUACAUCUACUACAUCAUCUGUACCUACAUCCACAACAAAUUGUAGUGAAUCGGUUGAGGAAAAUGUUGGCGUUCAACAUCAAGGGUAUUUACUUGGAUCUACAGGACUGGAUGGGCGUCUAUAUAUUGGAGUGCAAGAUAAGGAGUUAUUUUCUUCAGGCCUAUGUUCUUCCGUUAUCUAUGAAUCCUUUGGUGAAAGAGCUGAUUUAAACGGGUAUAGCUGGGCAGCUUUAAGUGACGAGACAAAACUCCUUUAUUGGGACAAGUUUCAUAAAGAGUGUCAUUAG